AUGGGGAACCUCCUUGUACCUACAGUUUAUGACAGACGAUUCAGCAAGAGUCUUGCAGUUGAAUUCAUGGGUCCCCCAAGAAAGACUAAGCAGCUGGCCAUUGGACGCCCACACAUGCCUGCCUACUGGUCUCUGGGAUUUCAUCUCUCCCGAUGGGGUUAUGGCAGCAUUGAUGUUUUAAAGAAAACUGUCGAUCGCAUGCACUACUAUGAUAUCCCAUAUGAUGUCCAACAUCUUGAUAUUGACUACAUGGAACGUCGCCUCGACUUUACCUAUGAUAAAGUGAACUAUGCAGGUCUGCCAGAGUAUGUCCAACAGCUAAAGAAGGAAGGAAUGCACAAUGUUGUGAUUCUGGACCCUUUCAUAACUAAGGAUGAAGAACCGGGCACUUACAGGCCUUAUGAUCUCGGACAGGAAAUGGGAGUCUGGGUGAACAACUCUGAUGGCGUAACUCCUGCUGUUGGAAAGGCCUGGCCUCCCGGAGACUCUGUCUUUCCUGACUAUACCAACCCCAGGACGGUUGAGUGGUGGACCCAGAUGUGUCUGGAGUUUAAGGAUGUCAUUGACUACGAUGGGAUCUGGAUUGUAUGUUUCAUUAUAUUUGUCCUCCCUUCUUUAAAAAAAAAAAAGAAAAUGAGGCUUUUGAUGUGUGCCUUACUCUCUUUAUUAAAGGAUAUGAACGAACCAUCCAAUUUCUUAAGAGGCCAGUAUCCUGGAUGUGCUGUUAAUGAUAUCAAUAACCCUCCUUACAUUCCUAGCAUUUCUGAUCGUUCCCUGGCACAAAAGACGUUGUGUCCCGACUCUAAGACUUACCUUGGAGAGCAUUAUAACACACACUCUCUCUUCGGCUGGUCACAGACAGCACCAACUUUCCAUGCUGCCCAGCAGGCAACUGGAAAGCGAGCGUUUGUCUUGAGUCGGUCUACAUUCGUUGGCAGUGGGAAGCAUGGGGGUCACUGGCUGGGUGACAACUUCUCUCGGUGGAAAGACAUGCACCAGUCAAUCAUUGGAAUCCUGGAAUUCAACCUCUUUGGCAUCCCCUAUAUCGGUGCUGAUAUCUGUGGGUUUAACUAUAACACUACCUACGAACUCUGCUUGCGCUGGAUGCAGCUUGGCUCUUUCUAUCCAUUUUCCAGAAACCACAAUGCAGAGGGAAAUAGCGAACAAGACCCAGCAGCGUUCGGAGAAGAGUUUGCCAAAAUAUCUCGUGCUACGCUUCAGAUCAGAUACUCACUGCUGCCGUAUUUAUACACCUUGUUCUUCGAGUCUCAUGUUCAUGGAAACACGGUGGUGCGGUCACUGAUGCAUGAAUUUACCUCCGAUCGGCAGACUCAUGGAAUAGAUACCACCUUCCUUUGGGGACCUGCUUUUAUGAUUGCUCCUGUUCUUCAAGAGGCAACAAGGUCUGUGGAUGUAUACUUCCCUGAAGCACUCUGGUUUGACUACUAUACCGGUCAUAAACUGCCAAGCACCUGGAACAAGAGCUAUGCUACUGUGGCUGCCCCGUUGAGCAAGAUCCCUCUGUUCAUUCGUGGAGGCUACAUCCUGCCAGAACAGGCACCAGCCACGACCACUACUAAGAGCCGUCUGAAUCCAUUUGGGCUCAUUGUUGCCCUGGAUGAACAAGAAGAAGCUUCUGGAUCUCUCUUCUGGGAUGAUGGUGAUUCAAUCGGUAAGCCUGGCCCCCUGCUGUGA